GAGGUGCAUAAUGGCCAAUGGGAGAUUAGGACAAUGGUUGCAAAUGCUAGUUUGUGUACUAAUAUUGCUCAAAACAGAAGGCUUCUAUGUUGGCAUAACUUAUGUUCAGAAUGCUGUUGCAAAAGGAGCAGUUUGUUUGGAUGGGUCUCCCCCGGCUUACCAUCUUGAUAAGGGGUUUGGAGCAGGAAUUAACAAUUGGUUGGUUCAUUUUGAGGUUGGUCCUUCAUUUACCAUUUUGUUUUACAAUACAAAAAAUGAUUUGUUUGUUGUUAAGAAGAUGAUUGAAAAGAAAAAUAAGAAUUGUGAAAUCAUAUAAGAUACCCAAUUUUCU